AUGAGUUCAAAUUCAACCCAACCAUCACAACUUCAGUUGCAAGCAAUACGACAACGAAACGACCCACAGCAACCGAAACAACGGCGUCAAGUCCUAUCGGAAGAAGCGUACACGUCAACACUGUCCAGAAUUGUUCAACGGGAUUUCUUUCCGGCACUGACAAACUUACAAGAGCAGUCAACAUUACUGUCACAGCGGAACCAUUAUCACCCACACACCUUGGCCAGAAAGCUGCAUCAACUCCAAGCGAAACACGAACAAGAGGAACUAGAAAAGGCAAAGCAAGAAGAAGAGUCUCAAAUAGAAUUACACCAGGAUGGCGAAAAUGAAGCUUCCGCAAAUGGUAGCACAGAAUUGGUCGUCGCAGACCAGGAGUCCGGGCAGCUGAUUCGUGCCACCGCUCGGCCACUUCAUGAGGAAACUCUGACUGGAUUCCACGCGAGGGCCACUAACGAGGACGAUGACGAAUUUGAUAAACAGCAAAAACGAGAAGUUCAGGCAAACCGACAGCGACUUGAGUCUCUCUUUCUUCUCGGUCGUAACCCAAAUGAUGAUGCAACAAAGAGACUGACCAAUGGGGAUGACUUUAGAAUAACAUCCGACAGCACCGCCGAGGACAUGGUCAAUGCGCUUCGGAAGGCCGAACAAAACCGAAUCCAAGCUGCCAAAGACGAGUCGCACAUGGCGUCGGAUCAAUUUGAAAGUGAACCCUAUCAACCGACGCAUCAUCCAGUUCCACCGAUUCGCAAUGGUCUCUUUUUACCUCCAACACCACAAGUGCACGGCCCACGAAAUGGCAAUAGCCAAACUUCUCAACAGCUAUUGACCAACGGAGAAAACAGGAAUGGAUCUGCGAACCAAAGCAAUCUGCAAUUGGCCAUGCCACCACCACUUCCAGUACGCAAGCAAGACACAACACAACAGAACAAUACCCAAUCUUCACUCCCAAAGACUUUACUGGUGGAAUACAUACCCAAAUACUGUUUGGAAAAGAAAAUUGUACCUUCCCAAACGAGGUUUCCGCCAGUCCGAGUACUUCCACCCAAUGCCGACCAACAGACAAGAUUAUUUGGCCAAACAUCAUCUGCCCUAUCACGAUACACUCGCGGCCGUCGUCCCCACGAAUCCGAUUCGGAGUCGGAUGGCUGGAGUACCGAUGCCUCCACAGAUCUGGAUGCACCCUUGCGACCCGUGGAAAUCGAACGACGAAUACAACAAGCCAAGCGAGUCAAGGAGCAUGGGACCUACGUCAAUAUGACCCCUGUCAUUGAGCCUGGUUCGGGGCGUCAUCGAUCUCCGAUUACUACUUGGGGAACAGUAGCUUUUACACCGAUUGUGGUAUCGGGAAGUGAACACAUUGUAGAAGUAGCAGCAGAGGAAUCAUCCAACGAUAUGACUAACGCAUACAAAAUGGCCGAGGAAAGUGGACGAGAAGUGGCCGCACGCAAAGCCGAAGAAGACCUAGAACGGCGGGCAAAACGCGCCAAGACCACCAAGAAAAGUGGCAAAUUGAGCAGUAGCAGCAGUCACAGCAAGAGCAACAAAAGGAGUAACAGUACCCUUAGUACUGCGGCUAGCCGAUUUAUGGCCAGUCGAAGCGGUUCAUCCUCGCGGCAACGUGAUGCCUUUGCAUCGGCCAUUCGAGGAUCUUACACACCAAAACGACAAUCCUCGUUGCUGUCGUCUAGCAGCAGUACUAGUAGUAAACGGAGCAAGGAAGGAAGCGUGUCUGGCAGCAAACGUGGACGCACUCGGGAUCAUGCUCACAAUGCAACACCUUUGGCCAGUCGAUCUAUCAAAUAG